UUUUAUGAAAUUCCGUGCCUUGCGUCCCGUACGGUUUAGGCCAAAACGGCUAAUUAUCGAAGAAAAAGAUAUCGUUGCUCUUUGAUUGGAUCAAACUCGAUUUGAAAUCUCUCUCUGUCGAAUGAUAGAUUUUAGUUUUCUUCCUGUUGAGAUCUUAACAUAAGAAGCAGAAAAAAAUGCAGCAACAAGACGCUUCCUCAAGGCCUCAAAGCUCCGCUUAUCUCAACGCGCUCUCCCUAGAAAUCCAGAAAAAGCUUCAGCGGGCAUUAGCGUCUCCAUCGCAGAGACGCAAUUUAUUACAAGAAUUAUUCGCCGAUAUAGCUUUGGAAGUCGAUGAUCGAGCCAAAGGCAUAAUUCUAAGUAGUCAAGAAGGUGCAAUAUCUUCUGCGGAGUACGGUGUUAAUGGUCGAUUGUGCUUUUAUGAUGUCCUUGCGGAUUUUUAUGUUCGAGUGCCUGAGAGGGGAAAGCCGAUCCUUGAUUUGAUUGUGCAACUAUGGAGCCAGUCAUUUGCAUCUCACAUUUUCUCCCUUCUAUUCCAUAAAUGGUUAUUUGAAGUUCAACUGGAUAAUGCAGACAUACAACUACGUUAUUCCUCUGCACUUGUUGAGGGUGCAACAAAUGUUUCUGGUAUGAAUGCAAAUUGGAUGGAUGUGCAAUCCAAUACAAGGCGUUUUCAAUCUCUCUUUCAGUACCUCCUCGACGAAGUAGCAUUGGAGUCGGCUCGGUUAAAUAAAAUUCCAGUACAGGCCCAGCGAGACCUAUACCUUUUACUUUCAAGAUUCAUAUUAUUUUACAACUCAGCUGACAAGAUUGAAAGCUUUGUUAAGCAAUGCCCUGCUUUUCCAAAUGCUUUCCUGGUUGGUGGACCAGCAGAUAUAGUAGUUAUUGAACUAACCGACCAGCUUCAAAAAUUAAAGGUGGAGCCAGUCCUACUGCAUUAUCUUUCGCAGAGUAAGGUUCUCCAAGGCAUGGAACUGAGAAUGGCCACAAGUACAAGGCUGAAAACCUGUCUGUAUAGCUUUACUUCUCCUGGUGGUCCGAUGUAUCCUACAAGGGCUGUCCGUCAUGCAGCUUGGGGUGCCUUAGAUUUCCUUUUCCCUGUAGGACGUUACCCUCGACAUCUAAUAAGUUUGUUCUUUAGACUGUUAUAUCCUUGGUAUUGGCCAUCUUCAUGUUGGAACUUUAUAGUGUCCUUUUUAAAGGCCGUCUUCUAUUCCUUGUUGGGGUUUAUCUAUUCUAGGUGGGAGAAGCUUAGAGCGCCCAGAACAGCUUAAUUUAUCCCUAUCCUUUCUAAUAUUUCAAAGAUUGAUGCAACAAGUUAUGCCUUCAACUCUAGGUUGUAUAGAAAGUGUUUUCUUUUUUUUGC